CCAUCUCCCUCACUCUCUCUCUCUCUCUCUCUCUCCUCCACUCUCUCUCUCUCUCUCUCCAUAUCUCUCGCCACCAUAUCUCUCUUUCCUGAGAGUCUUUCCCGUGUUUCGCGUAAAGACAGGCAGUCAGGCCGGGAGUGACAGGUGUGUUUCAGAGUGCUUCUUCAGGAUGGACCUCAAAGCCUUCUGUCUGACGGAGAACUUCCACUUUAUCAGCCAGCAGAACCAUUUCUUGGACCCCUCCACGACUGAUGGGCCGCCCUCUCCGCUCGAACCUUGCAUCAAAACGGACCCAUCGAGCCCUCCUUUCCCCCUGGACAGCAACACCCCCUUCAGUCCCGGCGGCACGUCGGACAGCAGCGGCUACAGCUUCUUCUCGCAGACUCAGUCCCUCACCCCCGCUUCGCCCAGCUCAAGUAGCAACAGCAGCCGAGGCAGUUGCACUCCUCCCGACUCCAACUUGCAUCACUACCACACGGAGCGCAGCGCCGCUGGGCUUUCGGUCGGCGGGGAUGCCGGCGUGCACCUUGCCGGGGAGUAUGCGUCCACGCUCGGCUCAGCACACAAGCGUCUGUGCUUGGUUUGCGGUGACUUUGCAUCUGGAUAUCACUAUGGGGUUGCGUCCUGCGAGGCGUGCAAGGCGUUCUUCAAGAGAACCAUUCAAGGCAACAUUGAGUACACCUGCCCAGUGAGCAACGAGUGUGAGAUCACCAAACGCCGGCGGAAGUCCUGCCAGGCCUGUCGCUUCCAGAAGUGUCUGCGUGCGGGCAUGAUGAAAGAGGGUGUGCGUAUGGACCGGGUGAGAGGAGGCCGCCAGAAGUACAAGCGCAGGGUGGACUGUGGCCUGUCCCUUUACACCAAAACCCCUCUCACACAUCCAGCCAAACCCAUCGGUAACAAAGUCAUCUCUCAGCUGCUGGUGUCAGAGCCGGCCCCUCUGAGUGCCAUCCCAGACUCCUCCCCCAGCAGCACGGAGCUCAGGAGCCUGCUGACCCUGUGUGACCUCCUCAACAGAGAGCUGCUCGUCCUGAUUGGCUGGGCCAAGCACAUCCCAGGCUUCUCUGCGCUCUCAUUGGUGGAUCAGAUGGCGCUGCUGCAGGGCGGUUGGAUGGAGGUUCUGGUUCUGUCCGUGGUGUCGCGCUCCCUGGGCUCCGCGGACGAGCUGGUGUUCGCCGACAACCUGCGGCUGGCCGAGGCUCAGUGCCGGGCCGCCGGGCUCUCGGACCUGUACACCGCGCUCCGGCACCUGACCCGCAAGUACCAGCAGAUGGGCCUGAGCCCGGAGGAGCUGGUCACCCUCAAGGCCAUGACGCUCGCUAACUCAGACGCGGCCAACCUGGAGGGGGCGGAGGCGGUGCAGCGGUUCCGUGACGGGCUCCACGAGGCGCUGCAGGAGCACGAGAGCGGGCACACACACUCCCACCCCGGGGAGCUCCACCGCGCCGGCCGGCUGCUCAUGACGCUGCCCCUGCUCCGCCAGACGGCCGCCCGCGCCGUGGACACCUUCUGCCGGCUGCACCGGGAGCGCCGCGUGCCCAUGCACAAGCUCUUCCUGGAGAUGCUCGACAACAAGAUAUGAGCGCCCAGAUCCGGCCCAGAGCUGGCGCGGAUCCGGUUGAGAUCCGGCUGAGAUCCGGUUGAGAUCCGGCUGAAAUCCGGUUGAGAUCCGGUUGAGAUGCGGGGCCAAGUUUUGAACUGCGCUCUAGGGUUGGCCUGAGUGACGCAAUCAGCAACGGACAAAACAAACAAACAAACAACAAACAAGGCUGACUUCAGUCAGUUCUUUAUUGCCACAAGCGGCACACUGCAACACACACGUGUAUUUUAAACCAGCUUUUAUAGUCUUUUUCUAGGGGAGGGGGAGGGGCACUGGUGAGAAGAAAGGAGAUAUAUGUUUUUCUAACUUUAUUUAAGUAAAAAAAAAUUAUUAAAUUAAAACAUCAACAAAAAAAAAAAAAA